AUUCUGCGCUCCGUGCCGUGGCCUCGCUGAGUGACUGAGCAGAGGCCUACAAGCCAUGGAGGAGAUGGACAGCAAACCCUACCAGCCGUUGUCGAAGGGGCGCCAUGAAAUGGAGAUGUCUUACACCAGCUCGUCGGACGAGAGCGAGGACGGCCGCGCCCACCACCGCUCCUACACCUCGCGGGAAACCCUGCCCGACUACACGCACGAGCUGCGCCUCACCCUCGGAUCGCACCGGGACCGACAGAGCAACUACAGCCAGCCCCAGCCAGAAUUAGACUUCUGCAAGGUGGGGCCAAUGAGGAGCCCGGACUACCACAUCCACCCACAGCAGCAGCAGCAGCAGCAGCACCAGGAGGGCGAGGAGGAAGCUCUGUGCUCCGGACCGGCCGCUCACUGCCACAGCCGCUACUCCCUGGGCGUGGGCUCGGACGUGGACACGGAGCCCGAGGCGGACCCCUCUCCCGCUCUCGGCCUGCAGCACAUGUGGAUGCGCGGCCUGAAGUCCGGCCAGAGCUCGUGCCUGACGAGCCGCGCCAACUCCGCCCUGUCCCUCACGGACACUGAGCAUGACAGGAAGUCCGAGCCGGACAAUGAGCUGCCCAGCAGUCCAGGUGGUCAGUUCACGUUCCGCCCGCUGCCCCCGCCUCCCCCGCCGCCGCACGCCUGCACCUGUGCCCGCCCGGCGCCCUACACCCAGGUCAGCCUGCAGAGGAAGACCAUGCCGACGCGGUGCCAGGCCAGCCAGGGCGGCCAGGGGCCAGACACAGGCGCGAGCACAGACCAGGCCCAGCUUCACAACAGCUGGGUACUCAACAGCAACAUCCCCCUGGAGACCAGACACUUCCUGUUCAAGCAGGGCUCCGGAUCAUCGGCUCUCCUGUCGGGGGCGGGCCAGGGUUACCCGCUGACCUCUGGGACGGUGUACUCGCCUCCGCCCAGGCCGCUCCCGCGGAGCAGCGUGACCAGACCGCUGUUCACCUUCAACAAGCCUCAUCGCUGCUGCAACUGGAAGUGCACGGCCCUGUCGGCGUCCCUGCUCACGCUCACGCUGGCCCUGCUGCUCACCUACGUCAUCGCGGUCCACCUGUUAGGUCUGACCUGGCAUCUGCGGCACGGCGAGAGCCAGCUGUAUGAGAACGGCCUGAGCUCGGCCGACCAUCAGCAGGAGGACCGCAGCAAGAGCAGGCCCACCAGCUCCAUUCACCUGCUGGACACACUCAACCCGGAGAACACACACGCCGGCGACAAAGAGAAAUGGGUGCGAGGCCGGGCCAUCGACCGCGGCGAGGUGGACGUCGGCACCCAGCAGAGCCAGGCCAUCCCGCCGGGACUCUUUUGGAGGUUUCACAUGAACGUGCACCAUCCGACCUACAUCAAGUUCAACCUGUCCCUCUCGCACAACGCGCUGAUCGGGGUGUACGGACGCAGGAACAUACCGCCCACGCACACCCAGUUCGACUUUGUGAAGCUGUUGGACGGGAAGGCGCUGCCCUGGUCCCUGACGGACCCCGUCUCCAGCGCCAAGGUUCCCAAAGGCCUGCUGCUGAGCGGCCUCCAAGAAACGGGCUUCAUCGAGUACAUGGACCCCUUCACCUGGCACCUGGCCCUCUACAACGACGGCCGGAACCUGGAGCAGGUGUUGCUGCACAGCACUCCCAUAGACUCGAUGGACGGCUGCUCCACGGACUGUAACGGGAACGGGGAGUGCGUGGCCGGACACUGCCACUGCUUCGCUGGCUUCUUGGGGCCCGACUGUGCCAAAGAUUCGUGCCCCGUGUUGUGCAGCGGCAACGGCGUGUACGAGAAAGGGAGGUGUGCGUGCCUGGCCGGGUGGAAGGGGGCAGAGUGCAACGUGGAGGAAGGUCAGUGCAUCGACCCCACCUGCUCCAACCACGGCUCCUGCAUCCAGGGAAUCUGCAUAUGUGGGCCGGCCUACAAAGGGGUCAACUGUGAACAAGUGGACUGCGUGGACCCUCAGUGCGGCGGGCACGGCGUAUGCGUGCGCGGGGAGUGCGUGUGCUCGGCCGGCUGGGCGGGACUGAGCUGCGAUGAGCCGCUGCCAGCCUGCCAGGAGCAGUGUUCAGGACAUGGCACCUACCUGCCCGAGUCGGACGCCUGCGCCUGCCAGCCCAACUGGACGGGACCGGACUGUUACACUGAGCUGUGCCUGGUGCCAUGUGGCAGCCACGGCGUCUGCUCCGAGGGCCAGUGCCAGUGCGAGGAGGGUUGGAUUGGCGCUGCGUGCGACCAGAGAGCGUGCCACGCCCGCUGUGAAGAACACGGCCAGUGCCACGACGGGACCUGCAUCUGCCAGCCUGGCUGGGAGGGAGAGCACUGUCACAUGGUUACUCAUGACUUGGAUGUUGUGGUGAAAGAUGGCUGCCCGGGGUUGUGCAGCGGACACGGACGCUGUACCCUGGAGCAGAGCGGCUGGCGCUGCAUCUGCCAGGCUGGAUGGAGUGGGCCUGGAUGCAGCGUUGUCAUGGAAACUGACUGCAGUGAUGGAACAGACAACGAUGGAGACGGCCUCAUGGACUGCGUGGACCCGGACUGCUGCGAGCAGCUGAGCUGCGGGUCCGACCCGCUGUGUCACGGCUCGACCGACCCCAUGGCCCUGCUUCAGCAGAGGCCGCCGCCGCCCGCCGCGUCCUCCUCCUCGCCCACCAGCACGCACACCCACAGCUUCUACCGCCGCAUCCGCUUCCUCCUCGGCAAGGCGGCCACGCACACCCUCCCCGGAGACGUGCCCUUUGAUACCAGCCGGGUAGCCGUGAUUCGAGGUAGCGUCGCCGUGCAGGACGGCUCGCCCCUGGUUGGAGUCAACAUCACCUUCCCACAGCACCCAGAGUACGGUUACACCAUCAGCAGGCAGGAUGGAAGUUUUGACCUGGUGACCUUGGGCGCGAUGUCUAUGACCCUGAUGUUCCAGCGACCACCGUUCCUGCCGCAGACGCGCACCAUCUGGACGCCAAACAACAACUUCCUGGUUCUGGAUCAGGUGACCAUGUCCAGAGAGGAGGCUCAAACUCCCACGUGUGACAUCAGGAGCGUUUUGAGUCCAUACCCGCUGGUGCUGCCCUACCCGCUGCCCAGAUACACAGGCGCAUGUGCAGAGAAGGGCCCGGCAGUGCCGGAGCUGCAGGCGGUGCAGGAAGAGGUUUCAAUCCCCGGAGCCUACAUGAAGCUGAGCUAUUUGAGCACCCGUUCUGCAGGCUACCUCUCCCUGCUCAGGAUCCUCCUCACGCCUCCCUCGCUGUUGUCCCCCACCUCCCCACUGGGCGGUCUCUCCAAGGUGCAUGUCCGCACGGCGGUCCAGGGACGGUUGUACCAGCGCUGGUAUCCUGCCGGGCCCGGCCUGGUCCACAGGCUGGUCUGGAACAAGACCGAUAUAUAUGGCCAGGAGGUCUGGGGCCUCACUCACGCAACUGUUUCUGUCGGCUACGAGUACGAGUCGUGUCCCGGCGUCGUCCAAUGGGAGAGGAGGACGGCUCUGAUGCAGGGAUUUGAGCUGGUCCCCUCCAACCUGGGAGGGUGGUCUCUGGACAAGCACCACGCCCUCAACAUACGCAGCGGAAUCCUUCACAAGGGAAACGGAGAGAACGUCUUCCUCUCCCAGCAGCCUCCCGUCAUCAGCACCGUGAUGGGGAACGGCUUUUACCGGAGCGUCCCCUGCGGUCCGAGCUGCAGCGGCGCCGCCCGGGACAUGAUGCUGUUUGCUCCCGUGGCGCUGGCCAGUGGGCCCGACGGCUCCCUCUACGUGGGCGACUUCAACUUCAUCCGCAGGGUCCAUCCUGACGGAUACACCAGAACCAUACUGGAGCUCAAGAACCGGGACACUCGACACAGCACCAGCCCCGCUCACAAGUACUACCUGGCCAUGGAUCCAAUGGGGGAGGUCCUUUACGUGUCGGACACCAGCAGCCGCCGGGUGUACCGGGUGAGAAACCUCGGCCAGCCAAAGGAUCCUUCUCGCAACCUGGAGGUGGUGGCCGGGACGGGGGAGCAGUGUCUACCUUUUGACCAGACCCACUGCGGAGAGGGCAGGAAGGCCGCCGAAGCUGCACUCAAUAACCCCCGAGGUAUUGCGGUGGAUAAAAGAGGUGUCGUCUACUUCGUCGACGGCACCACCAUUCAGAAGAUUAACGAGAGGGGUCUGCUCUCCACCGUGAUUGGCUCAAACGGACUGAUGUCGACGCAGCCGCUGAGCUGCGACGCGCGCAUGGACAUCGGCCAGGUGCGCCUGGAGUGGCCUACAGACCUGGCCAUCAACCCUCUGGACAACUCCCUUUACAUCCUGGACAACAACAUAGUCCUACAGGUAUCAGAAAAUCUUCAGGUGCGCAUCGUGGCGGGCCGCCCCAUCCACUGCCAGGUUCCAGGUAUCGACCACCACCUGGUGAGGUGGGCAGCAGUCCGCGCCACCCUGGAGGCUGCCAAGGCCAUCGCCCUGUCGCACCUGGGCACGCUGUUCAUCGCCGAGACCGACGAGAGGCGCAUCAAUCGCAUCCAACAGGUGUCAACCAACGGGGAGAUAUCGGUUAUCUCUGGAGCCCCCACGGACUGCGACUGCAAGAUAGACCCCAACUGUGACUGCUUCUCUGGAGAUGGAGGCUACGCCCGUGACGCCCGUCUCAAAGCUCCUUCCUCGCUGGCCGUGGCCCCCAACGGCACCCUAUAUAUUGCUGAUGUGGGCAACAUCCGCAUCAGAGCCGUCAGCCCCAACCAGCCUCAGCCCAGCCCAGUUGGACUGAUGGAGAUCAGCUCCCCACUGGACCAGGAGCUGUAUCUCUUCAGCCAGAAUGGCUCCCACAUGCACACCAAACACCUGAUCACCGGCCACUACCUGUACAACUUCUCCUACGUCUCGGACGGCCAGCUGUCCGGACUGACGAGUCGCGACGGCCGCGGCCUGCAGGUGAGGAGGGACGCUCGUGGAGUGCCUCUCUGGCUGGCACUACCUGGUGGACAGGUGUACUGGCUGUCUCUUAGCAACAGUGGAACACUGAGGAAGGUGUCAGCUCAAGGCCAUGACAUCGCCCACAUCACUUACCAUGGCAACACAGGUCUCCUAGCAACCAAGAGUGAUGAGAACAGUUGGACCACUGUUUAUGAGUACAACAGUGAGGGCCGCGUGACCAACAUCACCCUCCCCACGGGCGAGGUGAGCGGUUUCCACGGCAACCUUGAACGUUGGUCUCGGGUGGAGGUCGACGCGUCCACCCGAGAGAACUUUGUCACCAGCACCAACCUGUCUGCCAGCGACACCAUCUACACCUUCAGACAAGACCACGCUCAGAGUUCGUACAGAGUCAGCGCCGACGGGUCCUUCCUUGUUACGCUGGCGAGCGGGAUGGAGCUGUCACUCAUCACGGAGCCCCUCCUCCCCGGAGGCACUGGGGGAGGAGUCAGUCCCACGGCCAGCCGCUGUAACAUCAGCCUGCCGGGAGACCACGCCCCCAGCCUUAUAGAGUGGAGGCAGAGGAAGGAGCAGAGCAAGACUAACUACAGCACCUAUGAACGGAGGCUCAGGGCACACAACAGGAACCUGCUGUCCAUAGACUUUGAUCAGAGCACCAGAGUAGGGAAGAUCUACGACGAUCACAGGAAGUUCACACUUCACAUCCAGUAUGACUCGCUGGGCCGGCCCGUGGUCUGGUCCCCCAGUAGCAAGUACACCGAAGUGAACAUCAGCUACUCUGCUGGAGGCCUGUUGUCAUCCAUUCACCGCGGAGUCUGGUCCGAGCGGCUGGAGUAUGAGAACGACAGGGUGGUGUCCAGGGCCUGGGUCAAUGGCAAGAUCUGGAGCUACACAUACGCUGAUAAAUCCAUUAUGUUGCUUCUGCAUAGCCAGCGGCGCUACGUCUUCGAGUACGACCAAUCGGACCGUCUGGUCGCCGUGACGAUGCCCAGCAUGGUAAAACACUCCCUGCAGUCGCUCCUAUCCAUCGGCUACUACAGGAACAUAUACACUCCUGCGGACAGCCAGUCCUCCUUCAUGCAGGACUACACCUUGGACGGGCGGCUGCUGAGGACCCAGUACUUGGGAACAGGACGCAGCGUCAUCUACAGGUACACUCCGGCCGCGAGGCUCUCCGAGGUGGUUUAUGACUCCACCCUGGUGACCUUCACUUACGACGAGGCCUCUGGCACUGUCAAGACCAUUCAUCUCACCCACAACGGCUUCAUAAGCUCCAUACGCUACAGACAAACGGGUCCCCUAACAAGUCGGCAAAUCUUCCGCUUUAGCGAAGAAGGGUUGGUCAACGCCAGAUUUGACUACAGCUACAACAACUUCCGAGUGACCAGCAUGCAGGCAGUCAUCAAUGAGACGCCUCUUCCCAUUGAUCUGUACCGAUACGUGGACGUGUCGGGACGGGUCGAGCAGUUUGGCAAGUUCAGCGUCAUCUUUUAUGACCUCAACCAGGUGAUCACCACCCAUCUGAUGAAGCACACCAAGGUGUUCAACUCCUACGGCCAGGUGGUCGAGGUCCAGUACGAGAUCCUGAAAUCCAUCGCCUACUGGAUGACCAUCCAGUACGACUCGGCAGGGCGGACGACCACCUGUGACAUCCGGGUGGGCGUGGACAACAACGUGACGCGCUACACUUACGAGUACGAUGCCGACAGCCAGCUGCAAAGUGCCUCUGUUAACGAGCGGCCCCAGUGGCGCUACAGCUACGACCUCAACGGGAACAUCAACCUGCUCAGCCAUGGGACCAGUGCUAGACUGACGCCGCUGCGUUACGACCAGAGAGACCGCAUCACGCACCUCGGCGAGCUACAAUACAGCGUGGAUGAAGACGGUUUCCUCCGCCAGCGAGCCAACGACCUGUUCGACUACAACUCCAACGGCCUGCUGACCCGCGUCUUCAACCGGGUGACCGACCGCGCCGUGUGGUAUCGCUACGACGGGCUGGGCCGGCGCGUGGCCACCAAGAGCAGUCAGGGCGAACAGCUGCAGUUCUUUUACGCCGACCUCUCGCACCCCACCAGGGUCAGCCACUUGUACAACCACAGCAGCAAUCUGAUCACCUCGCUGUACUACGACCUGCAGGGCCAUCUCAUCGCCAUGGAGCUCAGCAGCGGGGAGGAGUACUACGUCGCCUGCGACAGCGUGGGGACUCCAAGGGCAGUUUUCUCAAGCAAGGGGCGACUAGUCAAAGAGAUCCUGUACACGCCCUACGGGGAGGUCUACCAGGACACCAACCCCGACUUCCAGCUUGUCAUCGGCUUCCACGGAGGCCUGUACGAUCCCCUCACGCGGCUCGUCCAUUUAGGGAGGAGAGAUUACGACACGCUAGCCGGUCGGUGGACUUGUCCCAAUCACGAACUGUGGGGGGAGUUGAGCAAGGAGCCGAAGCCAUUCAAUGUGUAUGCCUUCAAGAAUAACUGCCCGGUCGGCAAAGUAGAGGGGGUGACGGAGUUUACUACAGGCAUUGGUAGCUGGUUGCAGCUCUUUGGUUUCCAGCUUCAUAACGUCGUUCCGGGCUUCCCGAAGCCUGAAGUGGGUCGAAUGGAGCAAACGUAUGAACUGAUGAAGACGCAGACCAAGACGCAAGACUGGGACUCCAGCAAGGUUGUUUUGGGGAUCCAGUGCGAGCUGCGCAGGCAGCUGAGGAGCUUCAUCUCCCUGGAGAGGCUCCCCCUGGUCUCGGAGCCUGUGGGCUCAACCCGCCACAGGCCGACAAGCCCCCCUCCCUUCGCCUCCCGGCCGUCUCUCCUCGGCCCCAGCAUCCGCUUCGCCGUCUCCCACGGCCACGUCAGCGCCGAGGUCAUUGGCGUGGCCAGCGAAGACAGCCGCCGCGUGGCAGCCAUCUUAAACGGCGCCGUUCACCUGAGCGGGCUGAGCUUCACCGUGCACGGCUGCGACACCCACCACUUCCUGCAGUCCCGGCCGAUCGAGGAGGACCUCGCUCUGGGGUUGGGCGUCGGGGGCCGCGUCCUGGAGAGCGGCGUGAACGUCAGCGUGUCUCAGAUGAGCGCCACGGUGAGCGGCAGGACUCGACGAUUCGCCGAUAUCACCCUGCAGCAGGGGGCGCUGUGUCUGUGCGUGCGCUAUGGCGGGAGCGAAGAAGAGGAGAGGGCACGUGUGAGGGACGAGGCGAGGAAGAGAGCGGUGGAGGGGGCGUGGCAGAAGGAGAGGAUGAGGGCGGAUUUGGGGGACGUGGGGAGCCGGGCGUGGAGCGAGGCGGAGAAGCAGCAGCUGCUGUCUGCAGGACUGGUCCAGGGCUACGACGGCUACUACUCCCUGCCUACAGAGCAGCAGCCCGAGCUAUCCGACUGCCCCUCCAACAUCCACUUCAUGACACUAAGCGAGGCGGGGGGCAGGUAACAGAGACACGCGAGCAGCCCCCCACCCCACCAAAGACUGCCUGUUUCUAUUCUACUCUGAUUUGUUCUACUGUUUCUAUACUGUAUCAAAAAAGAAGUGUGAAAAGAAGAAGAAGAAUAUGACGACAAAGAAGAACAAGAAGAGAGAUCGGGGGGGGGAAAUGAUUUCCAAAUGCCUUUAAUUGUGACAAAAUGAUGGUAUUUUAUUAUUAUCGUCCAGUUCUCCAAUUUCUAACAGUGGCACAAGCAGUGUGGUUUGGCUGUGGCUUUGCUUUUUGUAUCCUGACUGGCCUGGGACCGACUGACCGACCGACCGACCGACUGUCAAAACCGACGGGCCGACUGUCCGUCAUUUGCUGUUUAAAACACUGUUUCUUCGUUUUGGGAUUCACUGUAGAGAUGAAGACUUUAGGGUUCCCAAGUCUCUGAAUGACUCCGAAUCAAGAGCUCUCCGGUGGCCAUUUGAGUUCCUCCAUGGUUCACCUCGGAUAUACUAUCGUUUACAUGUGUUGUAAGAGAGGCCUUGUCAACUCAGGCACUCCCCUUUAGAGAAGGAAACCUCUCCGGUUUAUCCGCCUCUGGUGUGCUCCAACAGUAGUUUGUAUGAGUGUGUAUACUAAAAUCAAGAAUGUACAUAGCCAGUGCUUUCACACUGAAAAACAUGCUCAACUGGAAACUCUGUUGUUCAUAAGUAAGUGUCAGUAUUGUUAAUCAAUAGAAAAACAGUUACAUUUUUGCAAAGAAUUAUACAUGGCUAUAGUAAAUAUUCUCGCUGACUUUAUUGGAUUACAAUGCUGAUUAAAGUUAUUAUGUGUGAAUUA